AUGGCCUCUCACUCUCAGGUUCUGGUGGAAGAGAAAGGAAGUGUUAGAAUCUUGACAUUAAACAAACCCAAGGCACUGAAUGCUCUGUCCUCUAACAUGAUCUCUCGGUUGCUGCAACUGUUCUGUGCAUAUGAGGAAGACCCUGGAGUGAAACUUGUCAUCCUUAAGGGUCAGGGAAGAGCCUUUUCUGCUGGUGGUGACAUUCCACCUGUUCUUAGUAACAUCGUAAAAGGCAAAUGGAGACUCGGUGCCGAUUUUUUCUCAGACCAAUACACGCUCAACUAUGUCCUGGCCACGUAUGGCAAAGCUCAGGUUUCAAUUCUGAAUGGUAUUGUCAUGGGAGGUGGAGCUGGUGUCUCCAUCCAUGGUCGAUUUCGCAUUGCAACUGAGAACACGGUUUUUGCAAUGCCUGAGACAGCUCUAGGACUCUUUCCAGACGUAGGAGCCUCCUAUUUCUUGUCAAGGCUCCCUGGAUAUUUUGGAGAGUAUGUUGGCCUCACUGGAGCUAAGUUAGAUGGCGCCGAAAUGCUUGCUUGUGGUCUUGCUACUCAUUUUGUGCCUUCAACGAGGUUAACUGCACUAGAAGCAGAUCUUUGCACAGUUCGUUCAAGUGAUCCAAGCUUUGCCUCAACAAUUCUUGAUGCAUACACUCAGCAUCCGCACGUUAAACAGAACAGUGCUUACCACAGGUUAGAUGUUAUUGAUAGGUGCUUCUCGAAAAGAACAGUGGAGGAAAUUGUAUCUGCACUUGAGAGAGAGGCCACUCGGCCCACUCAGGAACCAAAUGAUUGGAUCUCAACAACCAUUUCUGCAUUGAAGAAGGCAUCACCAUCAAGCCUUAAAAUUUCUCUUAGAUCGAUAAGAGAAGGAAGAUUGCAAGGAGUGGGACAGUGCCUUAUCCGUGAGUAUAGAAUGGUGUGUCAUGUGAUGAAGGGAGAUUUAAGCAAAGACUUAGUGGAGGGAUGUAGAGCAGUACUGGUAGACAAAGAUAAGAACCCCAAGUGGGAGCCAAGGCGUCUGGAAGACAUAAAGGAUUUAACGGUGGAUGAGUACUUUGAGAGAGUGGAGGAAGAGGAGGGAUGGAAGGAUCUAAAGUUUCCGCCAAGGAACAAAAACUCUCAUGCUUCAUUGAUCGCAGCAAGGCUGUGA